CGCGUGCGGUCGCCGGUUCCGGAGGAGGCUCCGGCCGGGCUGGCUGGUGGAUGUGGAGUGCGGCUGGUAAGCCGCCUGCCGUGGAGAGAAAGAAGAUGGUAAAUGCCAGAGCCAUUUAACUGAUGGUUAGCUGUUGAAUUCUGACACUUCCUUAAAUACCUUCUUUCACCAACGUCUUCAUUGGGAAGAGUUCAGAAAAAGUAGAGAGAAGGAGAGACAACAUUCACAUUUACUAUGGCCAUACCAAUAACAGUGCUUGAUUGUGACCUCUUGCUGUAUGGCAGAGGUCAUCGGACGUUGGACCGUUUUAAGCUGGAUGAUGUGACUGAUGAAUACUUGAUGUCCAUGUAUGGUUUUCCUCGGCAAUUCAUUUAUUACUUGGUGGAGCUCUUGGGAGCAAGUCUUUCCAGACCUACUCAGCGAUCUAGGGCUAUUAGCCCAGAAACACAGAUCCUUGCAGCAUUGGGCUUUUAUACCUCAGGUUCCUUCCAGACUCGGAUGGGAGAUGCUAUUGGAAUCAGUCAGGCCUCUAUGAGUCGUUGUGUUGCCAAUGUCACCGAAGCACUUGUGGAAAGAGCCUCACAGUUCAUUCGUUUUCCAGCUGAUGAAGCCUCCAUACAGGCUCUGAAGGAUGAAUUCUAUGGGUUGGCAGCCAUGCCAGGGGUGAUAGGGGUGGUUGACUGUAUCCAUGUGGCAAUCAAGGCACCAAAUGCUGAAGACCUGUCCUAUGUAAACCGAAAAGGUCUGCAUUCUUUAAACUGCCUAAUGGUGUGUGACAUCAGAGGGGCACUAAUGACUGUGGAGACAAACUGGCCAGGCAGCCUACAGGACUAUGCUGUGCUGCAGCAGUCUUCUCUCAGCCGUCAAUUUGAAGCUGGAAUGCACAAAGAUAGCUGGCUUCUUGGUGACAGUUCCUUCUUUCUCUGCACCUGGCUCAUGACUCCACUUCACAUUACUGAAACUCCAGCUGAAUAUCGCUAUAAUAAGGCCCAUUCUGCAACUCACAGUGUGAUUGAGAAGACUUUCCAAACCCUCUGCUCCCGAUUCCGCUGCCUGGAUGGAUCCAAGGGGGCACUGCAGUACUCACCAGAGAAGUCCAGCCACAUCAUCUUGGCUUGUUGUGUCCUCCACAACAUCUCCCUGGAGCAUGGGAUGGAUGUUUGGUCCUCUCCAAUGACAGGACCCAUGGAACAGCCCCCUGAAGAAGAGUAUGAGCACAUGGAGUCCCUGGACUUAGAGGCUGACCGUAUCCGUCAGGAGCUGAUGCUUACUCAUUUUAGCUAAUGUGGAAGGUGGGGAGGAGGGAAACAUUACAGGAGGAGUUGUGACAGAAACAGGGAAACAUUCCAGAUAGAGUUGUGGCAGACUUUUCCCCUCACCAUCCCUCACACGGUUCCAUUAUCUAGUAUGACUGAGGGUGCAGACACUUGUCAUAAGUUAACUUUUUAUUUAUUUUUUUGGUGACUGGCCAGUAUGGAGAUCUGAACCCUAUAAAUUGACAUUUAAUCUGUGUGUUUUAGAAGGGUUGGGGCUAUGUUAGAAUAUCUUUUUUUUUUUUUUAAAGAUGACCGGUAAGGGGAUCUUAACCCUUGACUUGGUGGUGUCAGCACCACGCUCUCCCAAGUGAGCUAACCGGCCAUCCCUAUAUGGAAUCUGAACCCAUGGCCUUGGUGUUAUCAGCACCACACUCUCCCAAGUGAGCCACGUGCUGGCCCAUAAGGCCAAGUACUAACCAACUGAGCUAACCAGCCAGCCCAGCACCACUCAUUUGAAAGCUCACUGGUUGCAAAUUUUUAUGAUUGUGCCUACAAAGUCAUAGUAGAGGGGAAAACAACAUAUAGUCAAAUACUGUUUUGGUUUCAAUUAUCUGGAGAUAUCAAAUUAAAACAGUAUUUGUUUGCUCUGAAUUAUUUGGGUGGUAUUUUAGGUUUUCUACUUUGAUGCCUAUAUAGGCAUAAUAAGAGGAAAACGAGAAGAGUGAAUUUAAAUUGGGGAAUGGUCUUCUGACAUAAGUAGAUGGCUUCUAAUCUGCAUUUACAGGUUUGUGUAUGAGGAUGUUAAGGACAAUCUGAAAUUUCCAUCUUUAGCCCAUCUGCAGUAAUUGGCCUGUGAUUUGGACCUCACUGCUAGGGAGAACAUCUGGACUGCAGUCUCUUAUAUAGCUAACCCUGAGUAAGAGUUAGAGACUAAGUGGGUUUAAGAACCUGAUCAGCUUAAAGAGGACAAUUCAAAUAUAGAUAAAAUAGCAAGCUUACACUUUACCAGGGAUCUAAAGACCCUGUUAGAUUUAUAGGUUAGAUUGAUGAUUCAUCCAGGUUUAGAUAGCUUACAUUGAACUAAAUCACAGUUCUUAUGAUCAUGAUGUUACAGUGUCUUUUUUUUGAGGGGGGGGGGUGCAGCUGGCUGAUACAGGGAUCAAUCCCUUGACCUUGGUGUUAUUGGCAUCACACUCUAACCAACUGAGCUAACUGGCCAGCCCAGAAUGUCUAUUUGGUCAUUCUCUUUUGAAAUUUCUUUUACAGAAGGAAGAUUUAGGAAAUAAAGAAGGCAUGUCAAAGUAUUAAAAAGGAAAUGUAAAAGGAUAUAAUUUAUUGGUUUGAAAUGAAUUUCAGAGUUAGACCUUGGAUGUCUUAUAUGCAACAGUGAUGGACAGAAUUUCCCUGGAAAUAAAUAAUGCCCUAGCAAGUCUUAUUCUAAAAUUACACUGAUAUAGGACUGUCCCGUAGCUCACUUGGGAGAGUGUGGUGCUGAUAACACCAAGGCCACGGGUUCGGAUCCCUAUACAGGGAUGGCCAGUUAGCUCACUUCAGAGAGCGUGGUGCUGACAACACCAAGUCAAGGGUUAAGAUCUCCUUACUGGUCAUCUUUAAAAAAAAAAAAAAAUUAAACUGAUAUAAAAAUAAUCUGAUUGGAAUAAUGAAAGUGUAAAUUAGGUUCACACAUUGGUGACUUUGCUGGGACAAAAAAGAGGCCUUCCUGAGGAUUGUUUUAUUCUCAGUUUCUCAGCCACUCACCAUGUGAUACCUCUGAAUUGUCCUCUUGGAUCAUUUUCUACCUGCCUUCAGCAGUGUUAAUCUGGUGAUUUUCAAAGUAAAGUAACGAACAGCUGAUGGUAGAAGAAAUUUGGAAAAAAAUUGAGGGUGACUCAUCCUCAAGAUUAAAAACAAUUAUGGAUUA